CUGGUCCCGGGGCCGGGCCGGUCCCGGGCGUGCGGGGCGAUGCUGGUGCUGCUGGUGCUGCUGGCGCUGGGGGCGGGGGUCGGGGCGGCGGCGGGCGGCGCGGGGGAGCCGUGCGGGGUGUACACGGCCGGCUGCGCCCGCGGGCUGCGCUGCGUCCCGCGCCCCGGCGAGCGGGCGCCGCUGCGGGCUCUGCUGCGAGGGGAGGGCGCGUGCCGCGCCGUGGGGGGCCGCCGCGCCGCCCGCAACCGCACCGAGCCCGCAGGGGAGAGCCAAAGGGAGGGGCACCGCCCAGCCCAGCCCACGACGGAGCCGCAGCCCCCCGAGGCCGAGGGCUCCAAGGCCCGGGUGCAGCAGGUCUCGCUGAGCAGCGAGGCGAAGGAGGCCUUCGAGACGGCGCCGUGCCGCGUGCACCUGGCAGCCGUCAUGCAGGAGCUCAAGGCCUCGCUUUACCUGAGCGGUGAGGACCUCUUCAUCCCCAACUGCGACACCCGCGGCUUCUACCGCAGGAAGCAGUGCCGGGCGUCCAAGGGCCCGAAGCGCGGCCAGUGCUGGUGUGUGGACAAGAAGGGCCACCCACUGGCCGGCAUGGAGGGGGCGGAGGGCGUGCCCCACUGCCUGCCCCCCAGUGGAGACUGAGGGGCCGGGGCUGGGCUGCAGGGGGGGACGGCCCCUCUGGAUGGAGGAGAUGGGGGGGAGGGGGGGUCCUGGCUGCCGGGAAGGCAUGAUGAGCAGUGCCUUGCAGCUGCUAAGUGCUAAGCUACAGCAGGGGGAGGCAGACCCCUCUCCCGGGGGCUGUGUCGGGUCCUGUACAAAGUGCCUGGUUCAUAAGCUAUGGGGGGGCUGCACUAAGGGCUGGGGGGGAGGGGCACCCUGUCCCACUGCUGCCCCCUGGAGGAUGCGUUCCCAGGGAGGGGGGGGCGUAAGCUGCUUUUCAGGGGUGGGGAGGGCUGCUGAGUGGGGGAUUCGGGGCACAGUGGAGAUGGGGGGGUCACUGCUGCAAGCUGGGGGCAUUUCUACCUGUUCCAGUCUGCACCCAUCAGCUAUGGGGUGGCGGGGGGCUUGUGCCUUUUCCGUACUGCCCCCUUUCCCCGGGUGUGGGGGGGUGGGCAGGGGUUUGGUGCACUGAUCCAUGCUCGUAACGCGGGCCAUUGCAGGGGGGGGGGCGGGGGGGUGUGAAUCAUGUCCUCGUGCUUCUGAGCUGCUCUGUAAAUAAAGCUGCAUUGUGUUUUGGGGG